AUGGAAACAGUAACGAAGCUUGUCAGCCGGACGGGGAACAUUUCUCUCGAGUCGCCGAAGCUCGCGGACUCAAAAUCCAAUCAACCUUUGUCGGGUCCGUUGUCGUCCUACCUGGACACAAUCUAUGGAUCCCUGACGGAAUCAUCAAAGGCCACUUUCUGGCGGGACGUGCAACAUGAAGAGCGUACCACCGGCGAGGCGAAGGAUCCCCUCGCGUCACUGGCUGCCUUCCGUACAUAUAUGUCGGGUCCUGCUUCGGAUGCAUUGCGUCCAGCUCAACCGCAAGACCUGUCCGCACCGAUAACGGAUUACUUCAUCUCGUCAAGUCAUAAUACCUAUUUGACGGGGAACCAAUUGUACAGUGAUGCUGCGGCGACGGCAUAUACCAAUGCCUUGCUGAAUGGCUGUCGAUGCGUCGAAAUCGAUGUCUGGGAUGGAAAUGCAGACAGUAAGAGUCUUCUUGGCCAGGAUACAAGCCGCAGCAGCAGUAGUGAUUUGAGCUCGGAAGAGGGAGGCCAGAUUUCGCACCAUAAGAAGAAGUCAGUCGAGCUGAAGUCAGACGGUACUACACUCUCUGCUCCCCCAAGCUCGGGGCACCGCGGCCUGAAAUCCAAGCUGGGGAGUCUGUUGAAACGCAGUCCAUCACGCCGGAAAAGAGCCUCCAGCAGAGCAGAUCCCGCCGCCGCGAUUGAUCCUGCCGUUCAAAUCCCGCCUCGUCCAGAACCUCGCGUAUUGCAUGGUCACACUCUCACCAAGGGAACCACGUUCCGCGAUGUCUGCUACGCAAUCCGCGACAGUGCGUUUGUCACCAGCGAUUUGCCGGUCAUUGUCAGCCUGGAGGUGCACGCCUGCAUCGAGCAGCAGGCGACCAUGGUGGAAAUUAUGGAGGAGGCGUGGAAGGAGAUGCUGAUUGAAGUCACUCCAGAACUGGAAGCCGCUCAAGCCCCGCCUCCCCUAGAGAAGCUGCGGCGAAAGAUCCUCAUCAAAGUGAAAUGGGUCCCGCUAUCCACUGGUUCUUCCAAGGAUGGACCAAGCAAUGAUAGCACGGACCAGCUUGAUACAUUGAACUCGGCUGAUGGCCAGUCUCCACCCCCGAAGAAGCCACCCAAGAUACUCCAUUCCCUCAGCCGAUUAGCCAUUUUCACCAAGGGCUUCCACUUCAGCCAAUUCUCCCAGCCAGAGGCCAAAGUCCCAGGCCACGUCUUCUCCCUCUCUGAACACGCCGCGCGCGAAGCCUACGCCAAGGACGCGCACGCCCUCCUGGAGCACAACCGCCGCUUCUUCAUGCGUGUCUACCCGUACGGCCUGCGCAUCAACUCCUCCAACCUCGACCCCACCUUCUUCUGGCGCUGCGGCACCCAGAUCGUCGCCCUGAACUGGCAGAACGUCGACAAGGGCAUGAUGCUCAACCGCGGCAUGUUCGCCGACGAACCAGGGUGGGUCCUCAAACCCCAGGGCUACCGCAGCGCCGACACCCCAGCCACCCCGAUCCUCCGCCGCCAGCUCGACCUCACCAUCGAGGUCCUCGCCGGCCACAACAUCCCCUUACCACCCGGCGACACCAGGGAAUCAGGCUUCCACCCCUACGUCAGCUGCUACGUGCACGUCGAGCAACCAGACGAGGCGAACGGGUCGCCCCCCGGCGGCGAUAAUACCACCGACUCGGAGAAAACCAGCUACAAGCGCCGCACCAAGAGCGCGACCGGCACGAACCCGGAUUUCGGCUCCCAGAGCAUCCAGUUCCCCACCCUGACGGGAGUGAUUGACGAGUUGACCUUUGUUCGCUUCAAAAUCAAAGACGACGAGCUCGGCCCCGACUCCCUCGCCGCCUGGACAUGUAUCAAACUCAACCGCCUGCAGCAGGGUUACCGUCUGAUCCAUCUCCACAAUUGCGCCGGCGCGGGAUCCGGCGGUGUCCUGUUGGUGAAGAUCACCAAGGUCCUCUUGUGA